AGCAGCAGGUUGUGCAGCGGUGAAACAGAGGAGCACGAGGACUCUUACUGUUAAUGUGAAGGUGUCCAGGUGAAGGACUUGGCUUGCGCCAUCCUCCCUUUGCAGGACGCUGGAGGAACUGGCAGGGUUUGUUCACUGGCUGACUGCUGCAGUUGGACUGACAAUAACUCAGUGUGCCACAGAGACUGAAAUCAUCUCAAAAUGGACCAUCAGGACCACAUGAAUUCUGGACAGGUGGGUGACUCUCAGCACUCUCCUGGGAACAACAUAGCAUCUGGUGUAGGCAACAUGACCAUCGAUGACAGCCAUCAACAAGACAUGAAGAAUAGGAGAGCAGCACAUAUGGGAACGGGUGAUGGGCCAGUGAAAGAGGACACACUUGAACCAAUGACUGAAGUGACCAUCCCAAAGCCUGUUUUUGAAGACUCCGAACCCAAGCCCUCCUUUGAUAAAGAUGUGCCAUUGGAAGAGUUAACACCCGGAAGCCCGCCCGAGAGUGGCCGGAGCAGUGCGGCAUCAGUGGAUGGGGAAGGAGAACGAGAGAAUGGGGUAAAGGAGAGCUCUGUCAGCCCAAGAGAGUCUCCAAUGUCUCCAUAUCCACUACCGACCACUCUUGCUGAUGAUUUGGAUUCAGGCAUCACGGGUUUUGACAGCCAGGUGAAGAGGAGUCCCUCAGAAAAGAUGACUGACCAUCAUAGUGCCAGUGGAUCUGAGGAGGAGAAAGAAGAAAAUGAAAUGGAGAAGUCUGAGAGAAGAUUUUCUCCUGGUGUGGAAGAAGCUCCCAAAAGUGCUAUCAACAUAAAAGAGGAUGAAGAAGAGGACAAAGUAGUAAGUGAUGAAGAAGAGGAAGAAACUGGAGUUUCCUUGGUGCCCAGUUCUGUCACCCCAGACUUGUCAACCCAGAAAGACGACAACAUUCAUGACGAACAUGAAACCCCUACUCAUCUUCGCAUGACCCCAGAGGAAGCUAAAAAACGUGGCCUAUCGUUUGACUACACAGAACCUCAGGAUCCCGGUCAUCAGGGUGGUCCUGUGGGCUGGGAAUGCAGCUCUGACAAAACACCACAAGAAAGCAAGAGCCCCGACCCCUGCAGGGCGGAUCCGGGAUCACCUCUUCCUCCCAGUGCUGCUGCCGACCGUACCCAAGAGGAAUCAUCUCUAACAGACUUCCAAACUGAUGCUCGGGAGGAAGAAGAGGAAGUAGAGGUACCAGAACCUGAACAAGAAGAGGAGGCGACCACCGUUCCUCUGUCUUCCCAAGAAGUUGCUGCACCCAAGAUGGAGCCUAAGGCAGAGGAACAUAGAGAACCUGAAGAAGCAAAAGAGAUCAAGCAGGAGAAAUAUUUGGAGACGAGCGAUGAUGAUCACAUUGAUACGGAGAAGGUCCAGUCUGUUGCCACACCUGAGCCUGUUGCCACUCCUGAGCCUGUUGCCACUCCUGAACCUGUUGCCAAAACCGAACCUGUUGCCGCCAAAGCUAAGGAUGCCGUUAAGCCCAGCGCCCAAGUAAUACCCACAAAAGCACAAAGCAAAGCAGCUCCUGUCAAAGAAUCUCCAGCCAAAAAAACAAAGAAACUCGUCGCUUCAGUUGCUGCCACUCCUUCCCCUAAAUCUGCUCCCAAACUUCAGAAAACUCCCUCUAAAGAUGCUGCUCCGGCCAGAAAAGCAAGUGUCCCAUCCAAAGCCAAGGCUGGAGCAGGGGCAACUCCUGACAAAAAGAUAUCCACCACAACCCUGCAUGCAAAAGCUAGACCCACUUCUGCCCCCCAAAGAGGGUCUUCAGUCUCAGGCAUCCCCAGUAAAAAGCCCUCAGUCUCUUCCUCAACUCCACCAUGUCGCUUUAGCAGUCCAGGCUCUGCAAACUCUGUAAAAAGGCCCAACAGUGCAAGAGCAAGAGAGUCCAGGGCCACGGCUGGAGAUGCCAAGACGAAGACAGUGGGUGCCAAACCCCAAGGAGUUGGCACCAAAAUCCCUGCUGCUUCAUGGAUGGAGCAGCGAAAGGCAGGACCAGGGUCCAUUGAAAGAGCUGACUCACCUAAAACCCCAGACCGUAGUGGUUGCAACAGCCCAGCCAGUCGGUCCUCUACCCCUGGACAACAAGUGAAGAAAGUAGCGGUGGUGCGCACCCCUCCUAAAUCACCUGGUUCAUUGAGAUCUCGCGCCCCGAUUGCUCCUGUUGCACCCAUGCCUGACCUGAAGAACGUCAAGUCCAAGAUCGGCUCCACUGAGAACAUCAAAUACCAACCUGGAGGCGGGAAGGUGACUAUUGUUCAGAAGAAGAUCGACUUUUUCAAUGUUCAGUCUAGAUGUGGAUCCAAAGACAAUAUCAAGCAUGUUCCUGGUGGUGGUAAUGUUCAGAUAGUGCACAAAAAGAUCGACCUAAGCAACGUCCAAUCAAAGUGUGACUCCAAGGGCAACAUUCAUCACAAACCAGGAGGUGGAAAUGUGGAGAUCAAAUCUGAGAAGUUGGACUUCAAAGCCCAGUCAAAGGUUGGAUCUCUGGAGAACAUUGGACAUGUUCCUAAGGGUGGACAGAAGAAGAUUGAGAGCCACAAGCUAAAUUUCCGAGAGCAAGCCAAAGCGCGCACCGACCACGGCGCUGAUAUCGUGUGCCGGUCCCCCGACAUUUCCACGGAUGGAUCGCCCCGCCGCCUCAGCAACGUGUCUUCCUCCGGCAGCAUCAACAUGACCGACUCCCCGCAGCUGUCCACGCUAGCUGAUCAGGUGUCGGCCUCCCUCGCUAAACAAGGCCUGUGAGCUGCCAGCCGAAGCGUGUCGGCAACUGAAAAAAAGUUACAAAUGUUUCUCCUUCAGUCCUUUCAAAUAAGGUGCUUGUCGGAUUUCUCCUAACUCAAGGUUGUCCCAGCGGCUUGUCUGCUUGUGAAAUAAUUUUUGCCUCCUGGCACGGAGAGACAGGUAUUGAUGUUAUUGGCUUAGUAUCAUCAAAAGAAAAAAUUACAAUUUAAAAGGAGCUGGUGGUGUAUUGAUCCAAAUGGUCAUUUACAGCACUGAGUAGCCUGAUUUUGUUUGUUUAAUACCCCAUUUUUUAAAAGAAACAACAAUGACAUUUGCUUUCAAAGCUGUAUUUGCUUCGUUGCCUUAUUGUGAAUGUUUUUAUUUACCAUAACUUAUGCACUCCUGUUUUGACAUGCAGCAGUAGGGAAGGCAAACAAGCUACAUGGUUUGGAAAGGUGCAGUUAAUGAUACUGGCUGUGAAUUUGAUAGGACAGAAACAUUUCAAACGCUCUUAGGUAAAACUUGAGGCAAUCAGGCUGUAGUGGACACAUUUAACAGCAGUAGUGGCCUGCUAUAUAAUUAUUUAAAUCAAACACAUUAGCGAUCACUAUAGUGCAUGUUUUGUUCCUUAAUAAAAGCUGUUAAAUUCACUAAACACCUCAAUUGUGUGUUUGGUCCAAAAUAAAACAGUAAAGACUUUGAUAAAUCAUUAUUCAGAUCUGUUUGGGAUGCUGUAAUUCUAAUAUCAUAAAUUAGAUAUUUCUGUACCAGACUUUGUCUGUGAAUUCUUUAAAACGGCACAUCCUCAUUCAUCACCACAGCAAAUUCUCAAGGCUUAUCGGUCCUCGAUUGCACUGGAAGUUGCAUCGCUGUAUGACAUCUUCUGGCUUGGCCUCUAGUGACUCUUGACAGAGAAGAAAGCAAAUGUCAAUUUACAAAAAUCAUACAAAACUUUGAGAUAAAGCUGUUGUAGUACAGGGCUCAACAUUAAGGAUUUUUGUCUAUCUGGACAGUUAUAUAACAUGUUGUGUCUAAAAAUAUAUAACAUACAUUUUAAUUUGAGAUUGUCUUUUUAAAAUGAUUUAAUGCAAGUAAUUAGAAAUGUAACGCCAUGAAAGCUAUGACAUUUGGCGUAUAGCUCUUGUUGGAAAAUAUAAAAAAAUAUAUUAAUUUUAUUUUUAGCAACAUUUUGUCUUAAAAAAUUAGAGAUGAUCUAUUUACAAUUAUUUAAUGCAAAUAAUUAAAAAUGUAACUCCAUGAAAGAUUAAUUUUUACACAGCUUUGGGGGAGGGAAACAUAAAUGUCAUAUAACGCAAAACCUUACUGAUAAUAUCUACUAAUUAAUGACAACCAUUUCAGUGCAUCCAAUACAUCGCUUGAAGUUUCAGUUUUCAAAACAAAAAUGAUUGCUAUGAUUAAUACGUUUUAUGAGACCAAAUAUAAGAUGUAGUGACGGCCUUAAACAGGCCCCGGAUCACAUUGUCAUCCUUAUUGUUGAGCUCUGAAGUAGUUUGCCCUGCACAAGCCCCAUCAAACUGAUAUCACUCUGUACAUUCUCUCAUUGUUUCCUUUAACUCAUCUCUGUAUGGUCACGAUGCUUCUGUAUUGAUGGAUUUCAGCUUCUGCGUAUAAAAUGCUGUUCCAAAGAAUGUGUAUGGACCAAAGCAAAGGACAUGAGGAUUUCAAAGCACUCAAUAAAAUAACUAACAUCAUAUCGGGAAAUCUCAUAUUGGGAACAGACAGCUGAAAAGUGCCUCCCGGUGUCCAUCAGCUGCAUUUGAGAAAACAACUAUCUGUUUUAAAGAUUCUCUGUGGUCUAAGAUGGAUUCAGUCAUGUACAGAGUUGAUUCACAGAGCAGGACAUUUAACACGUUAGUCAAGCUCCCCUCAGUACUAAAGCCUUCAAUAUAGUCAUCAAUCCAAACCACAACGCUCACACGCUGCACAUUCCCAGCAUGCAAUGGACUUCACCCAUGGUCUUGAAUAUAGUAACCAGUCACCACAUCCCCGUCCAACUGUUUAGAAAACUACCUUUACUAGAGCGUUUAACUCAUCUUAAAACAUGCAAAGAAAGAGGGAAAAAAAAGUGGAGGAAGACUGAAGGAAUGAAGCUACCUGCUAAAAUCCAGGUUUAUGUUGCACUCUUUUUUUCUAAUAGUAUUGUGUGGACGAUGUUAAAGAUGUACGAAUGUGUUCAGAUGAUCUGAUUUGGGUCUGACACUAAGCUUUUUAUUUAAUAUCCGCAGUGCAUUGCAGCUUUAUGCUCAUUUGAAAGUGAAUGCACUGAUUUGACAGAAGAGCUGCCUUUACACAAACUACAUUACUCAUUUAGAUGUAUAUCUUGCGUUUAGAAAGGGGUAUAUAAUAUUAGGUAAAAUAGGGGGAAAUUUGCAUCCAGAAUCCACAAUAUCAGUAAAGGAUUUGCCUAGUGCCACAUAUAUCUCACAUGACCCUGUGAGACGCUUUAGACGGAUUGCUGUAAACCCAACAUUGGCCGUCCUUUGAACAGCAUGCUGCUAACUUAAACCUGAGCAUUUCGACGUGUGGGUUAAGCUGAAGAACAGAAUUAUCAGAUAAAAUGUUUAAAAAUGGCACUGGAUAAGGCCUUUUAAGUAAUUCUACCCUUUAGCUGUUUCAGACGGUUCUGUAAUCUGUUGACCGGUCGCGAGGUCUCUCUCUAUCUCUCUCCUCCGUUUAAUUUCCCGCCUCUGCUCUUCUCAUCGCAGUUCUUCAUUCUAGCUUGAGAGUUGUGAUUGUCUUUAUCGUAAUGUGUUUUAUUAAUUGGUUUACACUGAUACUCCUUGCUGUAAACGUGAAUUUGGAAAUAAAGUCCGUAUUAAACUGC